AGCCGUCACUGUUCACCUGAUUCUUGGCCUCUGUACUUUUCACCCUUUCUGGAUUGUAAUCAUUUAUUUAUGCAACACAGUUCAGAUGGUUAAUAACAAUUAGCAAAGUUAAUCAUUCAAGAUGAGGAAAGGUUAUGCCCCAAACCAUGCACGUCUGCGUCCUGUUCACGCAUCCCCCAACCCAACUCUCCACCGUUUUGAGAAUUGAGAGAUUGACACUCCCCGCCACACCCGUCCAUUGCUUUGCUAUCUGCUUUCUUUUGAUUUGGAUUCGCACGUCAUCACUUGUGGCAGGAGCUUCGGCGGGCGUCGAUUCCGGCGCCGGCAAGCUUCCUGCCUUCCCUUCCUACGUGAGCUCCUCAGGUCUUGUUGCUUUAAUUCACUGUAGUUUUUGGACUGCAAGCAAUUUGAGCAAACCACACAAACCAUGCCUGGAAAUUUCAGUAUAAUGGGUCAAGAAUUUUGUGAAAGCUACUUUAUUUUUCAGGGUGAAACUGGCCUUGGGGUUGGUUUCCGGACUUUCUUAUAUUUUCUUGGUCUUGCUUACUGUUUCGUUGGGUUGUCUGCUAUAACUGCGCGUUUUUUCCGAUCAAUGGAGAGUGUUGUGAGCCACACACGGAAGGUGGUAAAAAUCAAUCCUGACACUGGUGGUGAAAUUAUUAUGUUUGAGAAAGUGUGGAACUUCACAGUUGCAGACAUUAGCCUGCUGGCUUUUGGGACCAGCUUUCCUCAAAUAUCAUUGGCUACUAUUGAUGCUAUAAGAAACCUUGGGAACCUGUAUGCUGGAGGUUUGGGUCCUGGAACACUAGUUGGUUCUGCUGCAUUCGACCUUUUCCCCAUCCAUGCAGUAUGUGUUGUAGUUCCUAGAGCUGGAGAGCUGAAAAAGAUAGCUGAUGUAGGAGUCUGGCUAGUUGAGCUCUUUUGGUCUUUUUGGGCCUAUAUUUGGUUAUAUAUAAUUUUAGAGGUGUGGACACCGAAUGUGAUUACAAUAUGGGAGGCCUUAUUGACAGUACUGCAAUAUGGAUUACUGCUGAUGCAUGCUUAUGCUCAAGACAAGCGUUGGCCCUAUUUUUCUCUUCCUUUGCCACGAAGUGAGAGACCAGUGGAUUGGGUGCCAGCUGAGGUUGGUGAAGAUGAAAACAGGAACGUUGUUGACAUUUUCUCAAUUCAUUCAGGAAGUGGUAUAGGUCCAGUGUAUGAAAACGUUCCUGGAACUGAUGAAACUCCUGAAUAUUCCAAUAAAGAUUCGCCAGAGAAGAUGAGUUUAGAAGACUAUCAUGUGUUUGCAAUUUGGAGGCAACAAUUUGUAGACGCAGUCAAGUUAGAAAGCACAGAAUCAAGAACACUGAACCUAUAUUUGCGACUAGCAAGAAUUUCCUGGCAGUUACUUCUUGUCCCAUGGAGACUACUAUUUGCAUUUGUGCCCCCUUAUCAUAUUGCUCAUGGCUGGAUUGCCUUCAUAUGUUCCUUAGUUUUCAUCAGUGGGAUAGCUUACAUUGUAACACAACUCACAGAUCUCAUAAGCUGUGUCACAGGAAUAAAUCCUUAUGUCAUAGCAUUUACUGCAUUAGCAAGUGGAACUUCAUGGCCAGAUUUAGUUGCGAGUAAGAUUGCUGCUGAACGUCAGAUAACAGCUGAUUCUGCCAUCGCAAACAUUACUUGCAGCAAUUCGGUGAAUAUAUAUGUUGGCAUUGGCGUUCCGUGGCUGAUUGACACUGCAUACAAUUUCUUUGUAUAUAAAGAACCACUGCGGAUUGAAAAUGCAGCGGGUCUUAGCUUCUCUUUGCUUGUAUUUUUCUCAACUUCAGUAGGUUGUAUUGCUGUUCUGGUAAUUAGGCGUCUAACAUUGGGUGCUGAGCUUGGAGGGCCAAGGCUUUGGGCUUGGAUUACCUUUGUGUUUUUCAUGUUGCUUUGGCUUAUUUUUGUUGUGCUGUCUUCUCUCAAGGUUUCUGGCAUCAUAUGAGAAAUAUUUUGAAAAAGAAAUUCUUUUGCUCGGCAUGAUUUUGGUUUGUUCCCUUGCCGUAAUUAACUAGUAUGAUUGACUGUACGGAGUAUAUUCCAUUGUAACAUUGAUGUAUACUAUGCACAAAAAUUUCUGAUUA